AUGGGGAUCACCGACUUCUUCUCCGACCUCCUGAGCUCCGUCUCAUUCGUACAAGACGUCCAGGCCGAAGCUCCGGCAGACGACAAGGAGGACUCGGGAGAGGAAGGCGGCGACGACAAGGAUAAGAAAGAGGAAGACGGAGAGGGUGCUGCCGAAGGAGAUGACGGAGAGGGUGGAGGCGACGCAGACGAAGCUGACGAAGGAGAAGAGAAAGAAGGAGGAGACGACGACGACGAGGAAGAAGAAGAAGAGGAGGAGGAGGAAGAGGAAGAGCCAGUCGACCCCAAGCCCCGGCUAGAAGAGGAGUGCGCUCGGUCCGCCCAAUGCCAGGGCUACAAGCACCAUUUCGACGAGUGCGUCGAACGCGUCACGAAGCAGGAGGAGGACCCGGACUACAAAGGCCCCAAGGAAAACUGCGUCGAAGAAUGUAUGUCAUGUCCUGUCCUGUCCUGCCCGUGGGCAGCUCUUUUCCGCCUGCCUACCUGA